AUGGAUAUAUCCAAGAUGGACAGAUAUGCCGCUCCGGUUCACUUCUCGAGCCUUCCUCUCCUGACCACUUUCCUCUGCGGAGUCGGUCUUCUUCUUCUUGCCGCAUUCACCAUGCUCCAGGUUACCGCGACAAAGUACAACCGCAACUUCUUGAAGGAACUCUUCAUUGCUGCCACUGCAUCCAUCUUUCUUGGAUUCGGUUCGGUCUUCCUUCUUCUCUGGGUUGGAAUCUAUGUUUGA